AUGGCACUUUUUGUCGGACGACUUGCACUGGAUACUCACCCACGAGAUUUAGAACAUAUCUUUGACAAGUAUGGACGAUUGAAUAGGCUGGAGAUUAAAAGAGGGUAUGCAUUUGUGGAAUAUAUGGAUACUCGCGACGCCUCGGAUGCUCUGAAAGAGACUGACGGGAUGCGAGUCCGUGGCAAUAGAAUCGUCGUAGAGUGGGCCAAAAACGGUGGAAAGAAACCGGGUAUGUCCGCAUACGGUAAAGCAGGACCGAUAAUCAAUGCUUCAAGUGUGGACGAGAAGGUCAUUGGGCGAAAGAUUGUCGUUCAAAUUCUUUUCGAUCUCAUAAUAGACAUCGUAGCAGGAGCCCUCGAAAAAGUUUGGCCACUUGAACAGUUUCAGUUUCAGAAGCACCGUUAUCCUAGCAUUGAUUCUUUGGCAUUCGCACUGAUUGUUCCGCUUCGCAUAAAUGCCCGUCCUUUUCUUAUCCGUCGUCCUGUUUCCCGUUCUCCAUCUCGUUCUCGCUCGCCCCGUCGUUCACCGAGAAGAUCACCUGGACGCCAUGACCGCGAUCGUGGUGGAAGAGACGAACGCGAAGAGCGUGAUGAACGUGAUGGAAGAGACAGUCGUGGAUCUGGUGGUGGAGAGAGAGAAGAGCGCGGCUCCUAUUCAGAAAGAAGACAUACUGGCGAAGAAAAACGAUUUUCGUAA